AUGUCUGAUUUGGUGGCCUUCCUGAAGGUCGUCCUUAAUCGACCCCCGACCAUGUUUAAGAAGACUACGCCACCUGUUUUCUUCGACGAGGAGCUUGCCCGAAAGAUAUGUAUGUAUAUUGGAUUUGGUGUGCCAGUCAUUUUCGAUUUCUCCUACGCCGCCAUCCGAUUAUACUCAGAUGAUACAUUAAGCUGCAUGUGUGAACUCCCGACUAUGCCUGUCAACAUCAUCGAGAUCCCCAUUUGGUGUUCCGUCAUGCUAUGCUUAGGUAUAACGGUGAUCGCCAUCUACGUGACUCUAAAGAAAAACCGAAAUUCUUAUGGAAAAUUGCGAAAGACAAAACUGACCAUACGGAGGUCACUUGCACUAUUUCCGGUCUUCGGCCUACACCUAUUACUCCAUUUCAUAAAACCACCACAAGACACGCUUGUUUAUGAAAUUCAUGAAAUUGUAUUGGCUGUACUAACGAGCUUUCAGGGAUUUUACUUGGCAAUGUUUUUCUGCUUCACGAAUCCCGAAGUAUUGGCACAUUUAAAGCGAUAUUACGAACAACGGAGGGCAAUGAAUAGCUUACCGAAGAGGACUGCAAACUACUUCACAAAAUCGUCAUUCACGUCAUCUACGUCAACUAGCUUCACUAAAUUGUGCCAGUCCAAACGUGUAGGUAAGUUCCAAGCCACGCCUCCGGGGGAUGCGCGGGGUGCGGAGCGCGUGGCAAUAUAA